CCAAAUAUGUUUGAGGAUCUGUUCAACUUUAAAGAGUUUAUAAGGGAUAAGAGCUCUGUUGUACAUGAUCUUUAAAAGAGUACUACAGAAGCCAAUACGAAAUCCUAACUAUAUAUAUAUAGUCCAAUAAUUUUGUAAAAUGUGAAAAAUAUGAUGAUAAUAAAACAUCUACGUAUGGUUUAAUUUCUAUAAAUACUAAUUAUUACUCUUCUAUUAUACUGAGCCACCUAUUAUCGACUUGUUAUUGACCCACAUAAACGCUAUUGUAUUUAUAGGUAGAACACAAAUAAUGAAAAUCCUUCAACAGCUCAUAAUUUCUCCCCAUUCUCAUACCCCAAUGCGCAUGCUGCCUUUCUCCCCUUCUCUUACACAAAAUCUCAAAACCCAUCUUCUAACCACUCUGUCUCCUUAACCUUAAAAAGCAAAAGAAAAAAAAAUUAAGACCUAACCCUAACCCACCUCUCAUAAUUUCCCCCCCUUUUCUUACCCCCACCAAAAAAAAAAAAAAAAAAAAAAACUCUCUUAUUAGUUAUUAUUAUUCCCUCUUUUAUUUCCAAACCCAAUCUUCAACCUCUUUCCUCUUUCUCUCUCCCAAACCCUCACCAACAAAAACAAAAGAGAGAGAAACUCAAUAUCAACCUAAAACCUCAGUUCUUUCUUUAGCUAGCUAGCAAAACUUACGUGAGUUCACCAAAACUAAACUAAAGAUCCUAUUAACUCAAAAACCAAAAUAAUUGUAUCUAAUUAACAGCGAACAAUAUGAAGAUUCAUUCAUGAUCAAUUCCAAAGAAUAAUACGUGAAGAAGAAAUUGAUUUCGAGCUUCGAAAAAUGGAUCAAGUAACAGCUCAUGGAAGACCUCUACCACCUCCUUUUCAUUCUAAUAAUCUUCAUCUUAACCCUCAUCAUCAGUUUCACCACUUUCAGCAACAACAUCAGCAACAACAACAACAACAACAGCAACAACAACAACAACAUCUUCAGCUACAACAACAGCAACAUCAUAAUAGCUCAGAAGCUGAGCAAAGUGGAAGUAGCAGCGAUCUAAAAUCAAGUCUGAAGAGAGAAAGAGAUGAGUCAGGUGCAGCUGACAGCAAAGACGAAGGCGGCGAAAGAGGAAGCGGAGAUGGUGGUGAUAGAGAGAUCCAAAGAAGGCCUAGAGGUCGGCCAGCUGGAUCGAAGAACAAACCAAAGCCACCUAUCAUUAUCACAAGGGAUAGUGCUAAUGCACUUAGAUCUCAUGUGAUGGAAGUAGCAAAUGGAUGUGAUAUAAUGGAAAGCAUAACAAACUUUGCACGGCGUAGACAAAGAGGGGUUUGUAUCUUGAAUGGUACAGGAACAGUUGCAAAUGUUACUCUUCGUCAACCUGGUGCUCCAGGGGCGGUAGUAACCCUACAUGGAAGGUUUGAAAUACUUUCGCUAUCAGGGUCCUUUUUACCGCCUCCUGCGCCCCCUGCAGCCUCUGGCCUCACCAUUUAUCUAGCGGGAGGCCAAGGCCAGGUCGUAGGAGGCGGGGUUGUAGGACCCCUUUUGGCAUCGGGGCCUGUAGUUGUUAUGGCCGCGUCCUUUGGGAACGCGGCCUAUGAAAGGUUACCUCUUGAUGAAGAUCAAGAGGGACCUGGGGCCCCGAUGCCAGGAGUAACUUCAGGUGGCGGUGCCUUAGGAUCACCGCCACCUGGAGGAGUACCCGGACAAGUAAUAGAUCCGGGUACUAAUGGAUCAGGAGGAGGAUCAGGUUCAGGAUCUGGAGGAUUACUACAAGGGUUACCUCCAAACUUGUUGAAUUCUUUACCACCUGAAGCUUUUUGGGGUACUCCUAAUCGAACUCCUUAUUGAUCAAAUCACCUAGUACAUUUUACUACUUGGAAUCUUGGAUGGAUUAUAAAUGAAUGUUUUUUCUUUUGUUUGAAGAAAUUUGCAAGAGAAAGUUUAUCCUUCUCAUCAUCAUCAUCUUCUGCUUUCUUAAUCAAUUCCCUCUCUUUUUUUUUCUA